GAGUGAGAUUUUGACUCAGGCACAUUCCUCACACAUCGAGGUUAGCUAAUUCAAUUUUUGCAACUCUAGUUAAGUGUCUACGAAGGAAACAUUAUAGAUUUCAUCUCUUUGAUCAUGGCAAAUCCAUCAGCUCACUACUCAUUAGAACACUUAAAAUCCUCUGGGUUACUCCCAGCGCAGAUUGGUCUAUCAAGACAGCCGAGACUGCGACCCCACAUCCGCAAUCUUGGUGGUCUCAUAUACCCACUGCCCUACUACGCUAUGUGGCGUGGUAAUCACAAUAAAUAUACGUACAAUCAAGCCACACCUUCUUCCUGGGGAGAGGGGCAAACUGCGAGCAUGUAUCAUCAACAUUAUGCGCAUGCUAAAUGCCCGACCGAUUAUGGUCGUGGUGGGCGUGAGUUCGCGUACCUAUCCGUCAAGCAAGGCAAACUGGUGAAGAAGCCACUUCCUCAGGUGCAGUAUGUGUCGAAGGAUUCGAAGCCCAAGUGGCUUUUUAAAUCAUGGCAUAACCCUCUUGCUUCGCUGACAAUGUGGGAGCGUGAGGUACAGUAUCCGGAGCACAUCCCUGAGCACCUCGGUUCCAAGCGGCCCUUGGUAGUAAUGGCCCCUAAAACGAUGCACAGGCACCUUAUCCUUAUGCAUAUGGAAAAGAUUAACGUUACGGUGUCGCCCUUCUUGUUUGGUUAUGGGCAUAAUAUUCAGAAAGCCGCAUUGGACUUUUACCGACGUGCUCUCAGUGCCCGCGCACCGUUUCCGAAUGACAAGAUCUUUUUGUAUUACUCGAUUGACCCCAUCACACCGCGCAUCGAAGUAGUAUGGCUUGAUGGUGAAGUGUAUGUGCCGCCUAUGAUUGAGGGCAUUAGUGCGCAGGACCUUAUUCAAAUGGUGAUGGAGCAAGCUUGGUUAGCUGGAGAUCGUAUGAGCGCGGCCGGGCGUCCGCUCAACCCCGUCGCUAUUGACGACUAUAAGUGGGAAGAACUGAUCAUCUUCAAGAAGAAGCGAGCGAAAGAGGCUGCUAAGGGCGCUGGCGCCAGCAGUCCUGCUGGCAAGAAAAAAUAAGUUUUCGACUUUUCACGUUCUCUUUCUUCUAUGGCAAGUAUACCAUAGGGGUACUCGUAUGACGUGCACUUCUUUGUUAGGAAGAUUCGCUAUCAAUUUAUCUCACAAAAAGAGUAUAUGA